UAUGAAUUACGAGACCCCUCAUGCUCAAAAAAUGUUUACACUGUUUUAAUCUCCUGCAUAAGUAGAUCUCUUUCAAUACCUUAUACUAGAUGCAGAGUCCUUAUUAGCAGCUGUUUCUAUUACAAAAUCGAGUUCCUGUUGAUAGUUAGCCACAAUAAGCAAUCUAAAAGAUCAAGAAAUAACUUUCUAUUCCAAAACCUCCUACGUAAGUCAAAAAUAAAAUACCUUAAAAAUUGGAUUAGUAAGGCUCACAAAAGGCAAUUGUUAACAAUUAAACUCCAAUUUAAACUUAUCAUACAAUGAUUGAUCUUAUUAGACAAAAUUAGGAUUUGAAAAAUGAAUUGAUUGAAAUAGAGAAAGAUAUUCAAAAUUAUAAAGUAUAUUUUUGAAAAUUGAUUUAGAGUCUGAUAGAUAUUCGAUCAAAAAAGAAAUGAU